AUGUCCAAAGAAAAGUACCCAACACUCUCCGACUCUAGCAUGGUGACUGAAUUCAUGCUUCUGGGAUUUUCAGGUGUGCUGGAGCUCAGAGCCUCGCACGCCGUGCUGUUCCUACUGAUAUACUUGGCGACCCUCACGGGGAACCUUCUGAUCGUCACGGUCACCACCUUUGACCAUCUUCACACUCCCAUGUACUUCUUCCCCAGGAAUCUGUCUAUCCUGGACAUGUACUACAUUUCUGUCACUGUGCCCAAGGCGUGUGUCAUCUUCCUGCUGGAUAGUGCGAUGAUCUCCGUAGCUGGAUGUGCAGCUCAGAUCUUCUUGGUGCUUGUCUUCGCUUUACCAGAGCUGCUGUUUCUCACCGUCAUGGCCCGGGACCACUAUGUGGCCGUCUGCCUGCCCCUCUCCUACCCUGCAGUCAUGAGCCCUCAGGUCUGUGUCCAGAUGAACCUGGCCUCCAUCCUCAGUGCUGUGGUCAACUCAGGGUUCCACACUGGCAACACAUUCUGGCCGUCCUUCUGUCAGUCCAACGUGGUCCACCAGUUCUUCUGUGACACCCCCUCCCUGCUGAGGCUCUCCUGCUCUGACACCUUCAGCAAUGAAAUCGCCAUUUUUGUCUGUUCUGUGGGGAUUGCAGGUGGCUGCUUUGCCUUCAUCGCUGUGUCUUAUGUUUACAUAUUUGCUACUGUGCUCAGGGCUCCAACCGGAAGAGAGAGAGGAAAGGCCUUUUCCACCUGUGUCCCUCACACCCUUGUGUUAACAGUGUCUGUCAGCUCAGCCGCUGCCGUGCAUGUGAAGCCAAGCUCCACCCCGCCCACAAUUCAGGACACGGUCACAUCCAUGCUCUACAGUAUAGUCCCUCCCCUCUCGAACCCUGUUAUUUAUAGUCUAGGAAAUCAGCAGAUAAAGGAGGCUGUACAGAGAACUAUGAGGUUUUAUUAA